UGUGAUGACGUCAAUAUGAGGCGGACGCGGAGCGGCCAUUACGCAGCGGCUUUCUCUCGGAAAGGUCGGCCGAAUUAAAGCGAAUCCGCCGGAGAUUAUUAACGACGAUCUGCUGGUUUUGCCAAGCGGCUUUAUUAGCAGACUGACAUCAGAACGCGUAAAAACACUUCAGCAUUUGGGGUGACCAGUUUUCUAGUCGUAAACGCGGAGUUUCGGGACGUUAAAACUGUGAGGAAAAUAGCCUGUGGUGUGCUAAGCUAUCUUGCAUUGCUAAGCGAAAAUUUAGCUAGUCGAGCUAAGUAGCUAGACGCAAAUAGCGCCGCGGGUCUCGAGGGGGUGUUAGCUAACUGAACCAUCUAUCGCUAUCUAAAAGGUAAAUAAGGACAUCUGUGCCAUCCUUCAAGACGUAUUCAGAAUGGACGAUAAAGCGUUUACUAAAGAAUUAGACCAAUGGGUAGAACAGCUCAACGAGUGCAAGCAGCUCACCGAGAAUCAAGUGAGGACGCUGUGCGAAAAGGCUAAAGAGAUCCUGACUAAGGAGUCCAAUGUGCAGGAAGUGCGCUGCCCUGUCACGGUCUGUGGCGAUGUGCAUGGCCAAUUCCACGACCUCAUGGAGCUGUUCAGAAUCGGAGGGAAGUCUCCUGACACAAACUACCUGUUUAUGGGCGACUAUGUAGACAGAGGCUACUACUCAGUGGAAACAGUCACCCUGCUUGUGGCGCUAAAGGUCCGUUUCCCAGAGCGCAUCACGAUAUUGCGUGGGAACCACGAGAGCAGACAGAUUACACAGGUGUAUGGCUUCUAUGAUGAGUGCUUGAGGAAAUACGGCAACGCAAACGUGUGGAAAUACUUCACAGACCUCUUUGACUAUCUACCCCUUACAGCCCUGGUUGAUGGACAGAUCUUCUGUCUGCAUGGUGGUUUGUCUCCAUCUAUAGACACACUGGAUCACAUUCGAGCUCUAGAUCGUCUUCAGGAGGUGCCACAUGAGGGGCCGAUGUGUGACUUGCUCUGGUCAGAUCCCGAUGACCGUGGUGGCUGGGGAAUCUCUCCCAGAGGUGCUGGUUACACUUUUGGACAGGAUAUCUCAGAAACUUUCAACCAUGCCAACGGUCUUACUCUGGUUUCCCGUGCGCAUCAGCUUGUUAUGGAGGGAUACAACUGGUGUCAUGAUAGGAAUGUUGUCACCAUCUUUAGUGCACCAAACUACUGCUAUCGCUGUGGCAACCAGGCUGCCAUCAUGGAACUGGAUGAUACUCUUAAAUAUUCCUUCCUUCAGUUUGAUCCUGCACCUCGGCGUGGAGAGCCUCAUGUGACCCGCCGCACCCCCGAUUAUUUCUUAUAAACACACAUACACACACACACACACACUGGCCUGACGUAGGAAAAACGACCUCUAAAGCAAACGACAAAUACGGCAGAUCCCUACAUAUAUACAUGUAUUCAUCCCACCGCGUGUGUAUAUAUUUGGGGAUGUUACAACAUGACAUGAAAGCACUAACAUGGACCAAAAUGUGCCAUACAAGCAUCUAAUGCAGAAAUACAAAUUGCCCUGUGUCUCAGUACUGCUACACAGUGUCCCGUUUUAGCCUUUAGUGCAAUUGCCUGCUGUAUACUAUGGAUAGUAAUGUUCUCUUUGUUCUUGAAAUGUACAUGAGUCUGAGGAAAAAAAAAUCUGAUAUCUAGCUUCCCCCCCUUCAGUAUCACUGGACAAAUGAUGUUCUUUAAGUUGGCAAUGCCAGGCAUGUGAAAUAAGGUAACAUUUUAUACAAGUGCACAAGCUUACAUCCUUUCCUGUCUUCACCAAACACUAUACUAUUGGGAAUGAAUGCUUAAUCUGAGGGAGGAGUCUUUUCCUUUUUGGGAGUGUAUGCUUUCAUGUAUAUGGACCCCUAUCUUAACUCAACUGUCCAUCCCUUUGUCUACCAUCUUUUGUGUUCACUGUCUUUUCUGUGUAUUUGUCAUGAAGUGAUUGCCUCUUCUUUGGUGUAUUUGAACUAAUAAAGUCCUUUUAUCGCAAGCUACUCCAAAUAAA